AUGCUUCUUCUUAAGAAAUAUGGACAACUGAAUACUAUUAAAUUUACAACUAUUAAUAGAUACUAUGAAGACUUUGCCAUAAACCGAAAAACUGGAGAAUCAAAUUUAACACAACUGUAUAUUAAGGAAGCUGAAGUUUUCAUUGAAAAACAAGUUAAAAAGCAGAAGCCAUUUUUUCUAUAUUGGGCUGUGGAUGCAACACAUGCUCCUGUGUAUGCAUCCUCAAAGUUUCUUGGAACAAGUCGCCGAGGAAUCUAUGGCGAUGCUGUACGGGAAUUGGACUACGGCGUUGGGCGAAUCUUGAUGCUUCUCAAAACGUUAAAUGUAUCAGAAAAUACCUUGGUUUUCUUCUCUUCAGAUAAUGGUGCAGCCACAUUUUCAAAAUCUCAUGGUGGAAGCAAUGGACCGUUUUUGUGCGGCAAACAGACAACAUUUGAAGGGGGAAUGAGAGAACCAACUAUUGCUUGGUGGCCCAAGACCAUUGCCCCUAGUAGAGUGUCUCAUCAACUUGGAAAUCUAAUGGAUUUGUUCUCUACAGUCUUAGAUUUUGCUCACAUUGCACUUCCAAAAGAUCGCAUCAUUGACGGAAUCAGUCUGAAACCAACUCUUGUAAAUUCUCGUAUCAUAGACAGGCCCAUUUUUUUCUAUCGAGGAAAUGAAUUGAUGGCAGUCCGUAAGGGAAAUUACAAAGCACACUUGUGGACAUGGACUAACUCAAUGAAAGAAUUUAAACAGGGUGUUGACUUCUGUCCAGGUGAGUCUGUACCUGGAGUAACCACACACAAACAGAUGAACCACACAUCAUUUCCCUUACUGUUUAAUAUUGCAGUCGAUCCAGGAGAGAAAUAUCCAAUCCAUCCUAGCAGACAAGAAUACCGUAAACUGAUGCCAAGUAUUCAUCACAUUGUGAACCAACAUUUUAAGCAUAUGAUACGAGGAAGACCACAGCUGAAUUGGUGUGACAAGUCAGUUCAGAAUUGGUCCCCUCCUGGCUGCAAAAAACUGAAUGACUGUUUAAAAGGACCACCACCCAAACCUCAUCUUUGUAGAGAGGGAAGUAAUUUUACUGUAAUUUUCAAAAGUUGGUUUUCAUCAUAA